GCGCCUUGAAGGACGCCAACGUCGUGGUCGAGGGCGAGAUGGCGAUCGGUGGGCAAGAGCACUUCUACCUGGAGACGAACGCCACCUUGGCGGUGCCCGGGGAAGCGGGGUCUUUGGAAGUCUUCGCGUCCACACAGAACCCCACCAAGACGCAGGAUUUCUGCUCCAAAGUGUGUGGUAUCGACAAGAACAAGGUUGUCUGCCGCACGAAGAGGAUGGGGGGAGGGUUCGGUGGCAAGGAGACUCGUUCCGUGUUCUUGUCGUGUGUGGCUGCUCUCGGGGCCCACUUGACAAAACGACCCGUGAGGAUCUGUCUUGACAGGGACGUGGACAUGCAGAUCACCGGACACCGACAUGCCUUCCUCGCCAAAUACAAGGCCGGUGCUACAAAGGAUGGCAAGCUGGUCGGCAUGGACGUGACGCUGUACAACAACGCUGGGUGCAGCCUGGAUCUGUCCUCGUCUGUCAUGGACAGGGCGCUCUUCCAUAUCGACAACUGCUACAGCUGGCCGGCCCUCCGCGCGAAGGGGUUGGUCUGCAAGACAAACCAGGCCUCUCACACGGCCUUCCGGGGCUUCGGAGGACCACAGGGUAUGCUUGUCACCGAGACGGUGAUGGACCACCUCGCCUCUUCCUUGGAAAUGGACUCGUUUGUAUUGCGCACGCUCAACUUGUACAAGCCGGAAGAGCCAACUCACUUCGGGCAGCCCUUGGAGGCCUGGAACGUUCCCGCCGCUUGGAAGGACAUGCAGCAGUGGGCCGACAUCGAGCGCCGCCGCAAGGAGGUGGACGCGUUCAACUCCUCCAGCCGGUACAGGAAGAGAGGACUCGCCGUUGUGCCGACAAAAUUCGGGAUCUGCUUUACGGCGGGCUUUAUGAACCAGGGCGGGGCGCUCGUGCACGUGUACUUGGACGGGACGGUGCUGGUUAGUCAUGGUGGUACGGAGAUGGGACAGGGACUCCACACGAAGGUCUGCCAAGUCGUGGCCAACGAGUUCAACAUCGACGUGGAGAAGGUACACAUAUCGGAGACGGCAACCGACAGAGUUGCCAACACGUCCCCUACAGCGGCAUCCAUGUCGACGGAUCUGUAUGGCAUGGCCGCCCUCGACGCGUGCGAGCAGAUCACGGAAAGGCUCAGGCCCGUCAUGGCAGAACUACCGGAAGACACUCCCUUCGCAACCAUCGCGGCGUAUUUCCAGCGGGUCCAACUUUCGGCCCAAGGGUUCUACACUGUGCCCGCCGCGCGAUGUGGGUACGAUUUCGACAUGGAGACCACUAACAACAGGGACAGAGGGCUCCCUUUCAACUACUUCACUCAGGGUGUUGCGGCCAGCGAGGUGGAAAUUGACUGUCUCACCGGAGACGCGAAAGUGAUCAGGGCUGACAUCCUAAUGGACAUCGGGACUAGCGUCAACCCGGCUAUCGAUAUCGGUCAGAUCGAGGGAGCUUUCGUUCAGGGCUAUGGCUGGUGUACAAUGGAAGAAACAAGCUGGGGAGACUCGGAGCAUCUCUGGGUAAGACCCGGGCAGCUCUUCACCAAGGGCCCUGGCACGUACAAAAUCCCGUCUUUUAACGAUGUGCCCUCGGACAUGAGGGUCAAGCUCAUGGACAGGGCGAACGCUUUCGCAGUCCACUCCUCGAAGGCCGUGGGGGAGCCCCCGUUCUUCCUCGCAUCCUCAGCGUUCUUGGCCAUAAAGGAUGCUGUGGCGUCAGCGAGAAAGGACCACAACAAAGGCAAAACAUCCUAUUUCCGACUAAACAGCCCAGCAUCUUCCGAAAGGAUCCGCACGGCUUGCCUCGAUGGCAUCAUGGAGCGCUCCGCUACCGCAGAAGACGGCGAAGGUCCUGUCCACGUUAGUGACUACCAGGCGAAGGGCUCGUGGUGAAGGUUGUUGCUUUCUCUCGCCUCAGUAUGCUGCUGCUCUGCCUGUUUCAGUCUGUAUGGAGAGGCUUGAUUCACUACAUAUGAGCUGACGGUGAUGAAAAUGUAGGCCACAUGGUUUGAAUAUUGGGCGAGCCGUGUUAAAAUAUAUAUGCCGUGAAUACUAGUUAUUGUUUUCGGUUGCUGGAUGCAAUGAAUGGUUUGGUACUGUGUGUAUUGUUCGUGUUUCGUACAAGUAUGCGGAAAGUUUUAUCCGCUCAAGUGAACAAUCACCGGAGGAAUAUUGUCCCUGGGCCGGUUCUCUGGAACAUUCCCAGGAACAUCCUUUUGUCUACUACGUAGAAUUGUUCAUGGAACUACUCCAGGACCGUUAUGAUCGCGGAUACUAAGAACGGUGUUUGAGUUACGUAAGAACGGUAUUCGGGUCCCGGAAUGUUGCCGGACCGAUCGCUGAGUUCUUUGGACGUGUGUCUGUCGGUAGGUACCGAAGGAUAUCUUUUGGACAGGAAGAGAACGCGCUCGCCUACCGAGUUCACUCCCAACUUUCUCUCCCUUCCAAACAAUCUCAACACGUCUGUCCUAAUCUGAGCAAGGCUCACGAUUAUUAAUAAAACAAGUUAACACAU